AUGGACAGGAGGACAGGGUUUACACAGGGUGUGGAGAAGCCACCUGUUGCCCCUAAACCAAAGCCAAUUCUGCCAUCAAGUGUUCCAAAAUAUGAACCUGAUCUGGAAUUUUCCCAGCCACAGAUAAAGACUGUGAGACCUGCAAUUAAACCACAUCUUUUUGAAAUCCACACAGCUGCCUUUCAACCAAAAUUUCAACAAAGAUUUGAAAAGCCUGGGCAUUUCAGAUUACUGAAUUCCAGUAAUGGAUUUGAGCACAGAACUGGGAAAGACCAAGCACUGGCAACCACUCCUAAUGACUUUGUGCAUGACAGUUCCAGUGACAAGCCAACGUUAAAACAGAGCUACGGAACUGUUAAACAUAAUCAGAUUCUUACUGCUAAUGGGUCUGUGAAUUUUGAAAAACUUACAGCACAAAGAACUCAGAUCAAUCCUGGUUCUGUUCAUGUUUCUUCACCAACCGACACUGGAUUGUCACUUAAAACCUCAGAGUCUCAACAUGUGCUAGUCAACAACACACAUCAUGGACACCCUGUUGCGGAACAAAAUAGGUACUUACCUUCUGUUCUGGUUCCUGUUCGAAAACCCCCACCACUGCCUGUACAAAAAAGCAGCAGCAGUGUUGAACAACAACAGAAGCCUGAUAUCAGAUUAAAAGAGUCAGAAGUACCUGUUAAGUCAAGACGUAAAGUUUUUACAAUGAAUGAAAGAACAUUAACUACAUAUCAGAAACAAGGUUCAGCAACAAUUUCUCCCAGAAAACGUGUUGAAACUGAGAAAAAGCCUUUUUCAGGCUGGAGGGUCUUUCCAUCAGAACAAAAUCAAAGACAGGAGUUGCCUAGUACCAGUAUUUCAGAAAAUGCACAUCGGAAAAGACCAAAUCUGAAGCCUAAAGUCAGAUCAUUCUCUCCAGGAGACAAGCUUCAGAAUGAUGUGCAGAAAAAGCCAUCUUUCAAGAUUAUAAGGGACCUUGACUUAUCUGUGAAAUUUUCCAGAAUCUUUUCCAAGGCAGAGUUCCCUGUAGCCAAGGAUGAGCAGUCGGUGGAUGAGGAUUGGCAGGCCAACAGCAGCCUAAAUGAAUUGUAUGCUAAAAUACCACAAUACAGAACUCACCAAGUCAGGCUUCAAAAUGAAGUAACAGUGUUUGAGAAACUCUCACAUCCAGUGUUUACCCGAGAGCAGAGUGUGGAUGGGGAGGAUGUUUCUGAUGGGGCUGUAGAAAAUGAGCAUCUCUACGAGGAUAUUCCAGAUUAUGUGAAUGUUUCCAUGCUACAUAGUCCUAGAACACAGUCCCAGGAAAGGCUGUUAUCCAAUAACACGGAGGAUGAGUAUGGAAAACCAAACCUUCAUGAUGGAUCUACCAACACAAAUAGCAGGCAACUGGAUGAAACCAACAGCCCUGUGUAUGAGGAGCUGUACAGCUCAGAUGAAUGUGAUAUCAGUUCUGAAGAAGAGGAAGAUGAUCCCCCAAACUUUGACAAAGUGGCCAAUCAGAAUGACUCCAAGAAAAGCAAGCUGUUUUACAUUGCUCAAGAAAUCAUGAGUUCAGAAAAAGUGUUUGUGGAUUCGUUGAAGCUUCUUCAUAUUAAUUUUCGGGACACAGUAACAAAGGCCUCCAACCAAGCUGGAAAGCCUGUGAUUGAAGAGCGGAUUCUCAACCAGAUUUUGUUUUCAAUGCCACAAUUUUUUGAGCUGAAUAGUAAUUUACUGAAGGAGCUGACAGAACGCAUGGCUAACUGGAGCGAGCACCAGACCAUAGCAGAUGUCUUUUUAACGAAAGGCCCAUAUCUGAAAAUGUACUCAAGCUACAUCUGUGAGUUCGACAAGAAUGUUGCUCUACUGGAUGAGCAGUACAGGAAAAAUCCAGCAUUUGCUAAAGUGGUUCAACAGUUUGAGAGCAGUCCUUGCUGUGCCAGCCUUGCAGUCAAACACUACAUGCUGAAGCCUGUACAGAGACUUCCUCAAUACCAGCUUCUACUUUCAGAAUAUUUAAAGAAUCUUGAUGAAGGCUCCCCCGAGUUCAACAAUGCUGAAGCUGCUCUCAAUAUAGUAAAGGAAGUAGCAAGUCAUGCCAAUGAAACGAUGAAACAAGGGGAUAAUUUCCAGAAACUGAUGCAGGUACAGUGCAGUCUGAUUGGCCAUCAUGAGAUCGUGAAGCCAGGAAGGGUGUUCUUGAAGGAGGGGACCUUGUUAAAACUUUCUAAAAGAGUCAUGCAGCCUCAAAUGUUCUUCUUAUUCAACGAUGCACUGCUGUGUGCCAUGCCCCUCCAGUCAGGCCAGUACAAACUCAACAAUGAAAUUUCAUUGGCUGGCAUGAAGGUCAGUAAACCUAGUCAAGAAGGAUAUAAGAACGAGCUGAACAUUGAGAGUGUUGAACGUUCUUUCAUUCUGUUUGCCAGUUCUCCUUCAGUACGUGAUGAGUGGUUGGAGUCAAUUUCAAAUGCUAUUGAAGAAUACACCAUGAAGCAAACCACAUUUUCCCCAUCUAACAAAAGUCCUGAAGAGGAGGACGGUUUGGACAGUUCAACCCAGCUUGGUACCAAAGCUCCAAUAUGGAUUCCAGAUGUGCGAACCACAAUGUGCAUGAUCUGCACCUGUGAGUUUACGCUCACCUGGAGAAGGCAUCACUGCCGAGCCUGUGGAAAGGUUGUCUGUCAAGCCUGCUCAUCUAACAGAUACCCUCUGGAGUAUCUGAAGAAUCAACCUGCCCGGGUUUGUGAUAAGUGCUUUGAGAUUCUGCUGCAAAAUAACUCAGGUACCCAGGCACCGGUUAGUGCAGUUCUUUCUCCAAAUACCAAAUCAUUUUACCCCAGAAGGCAAAAGAAGAUUCCUGCAGCACUAAAAGAGGUUUCGGCGAACACAGAUGAGUCAUCCAUGAGUGGCUACCUGGAAAGAAUGAAUGCCAGUAAAAAGCAGUGGAAGAGGCUGUGGUUUGUCAUCAAGAACAAAGUGCUCUACACUUACGGUGCUAGUGAGGACGUAGCAGCUUUGGAAAGUCUGCCUCUUCUUGGCUUUUCUCUUGCAGAGGAUGAUACUGGGCUGGCUCAGCAGUUUCGACUCUUCCACAAAAACAAGCUCUUCUAUAUCUUUAAAACUGAAGAUCCCUAUGUCUACAACAGGUGGAUAAAAGCUGUCAGUGAAGCUAUGAUCCUUUAACCUUUACAGCUCUUACUGACAGCACAGAUCCAACCUACAGUUUCUGUUACAAAAUUCACAGUAGUGGAUUUAAUUAAGCUCUAAAUGCAUUUAAUCACCUCU